GUUUGAGUUAAUUCCUCUGGUAGAUUCAGAAGAAGCACAAACCUCUGUACACCUGAUUUAGAAAGGCUUUGGCUUAAACUCUGAAAAAAUGAUGCGUUUCUGGGUGGCAGCGUUGGCCCUGGCCUGCUUUGCUGUUGUGGUCAGCUCAAAUGCGACUCCUGCUCCUCAGGAGGGCGGCCUUUGUCAAAAAUACAGCGAUGGCACCUACCUGAACCUUGGCCGGGUGUUUGACAUGCUGAUGAUCGAGUUCAGGGGCAGAAUUCAGGACAUGGGAACUGAGAAACUGAAGGACUUCAUGAAGUACGCUGAUGAUGACCGGGACAACCGUCUCAGCCUGGAUGAAUGUGCAAAACUUCUGGUUUACGCUGAAAAGCCAGAGGCACAGAAGCAGAGGAGAUAAAAGCCAUUAUGGGCAGAUCACAUGGAGUCCACAGAUAUACCUAUAAAAAGUGUUUGAACGCAUCUGUAUCUGUGUGCACUCUUUUGUAACUGUCUUUUCUAUUCUAAUAGGUAAGGUUAUAUAAUGCUUACCUAACCUUAACUUUAACAGCUUUAAUGAAGACUGGCUUUUCCAUACUUCACCACAAUAAUAAUUAAUGUCAUUGUUAAGUAGAAUAAAUAAAACUGGGACUAAUUUGACUUUCUGAUAUCUGUAAUAUGUAAUAUCUGAACUUAAUAUCUUUGCACUAAAUAAAAAUAAAAGUGAUUUGGAAAAUUUA